UUGCAGUCUCGCGAGAGUCUCCACAAGACACGGCACAUUCUACAUUGUGCGGUGUGGAUGCUAAGUUUUGCAACUUUCGUGUAAAAUCUUUUUAUUUUAUCUUCCUCUCGUAAACAGCGUCCUGGAACUGUCCUCAAAAUGAGUAUACUUGCAAAAAUAGCGGAGAUUGAAAAUGAGAAUCCAGAUCAGUCAACAGGAUGUGUAUAAAAAAACAAUAUGGCCAGAACUCAGAAGAACAAGGCCACAGCUCACCACUUGGGUCUGCUCAAAGCACGCCUUGCCAAACUGAGGAGGGAGCUCAUCACACCAAAAGGAGGCAGUGGGGGUGGAACCGGGGAAGGCUUUGAUGUCGCAAAGACAGGAGACGCUCGUGUCGGCUUUGUUGGUUUUCCUUCAGUCGGAAAGUCAACACUGCUGAGUAAUCUUGCAGGUGUUUAUUCUGAGGUUGCUGCCUAUGAGUUCACCACCCUUACAACAGUACCUGGUGUCAUUCGGUACAAAGGUGCCAAAAUUCAGCUUCUGGAUCUCCCAGGAAUCAUUGAGGGAGCCAAAGAUGGCAAGGGCAGAGGCAGACAGGUUAUUGCAGUGGCUCGAACCUGCAAUCUAAUCCUAAUAGUGCUGGAUGUGUUGAAGCCUCUUGUUCAUAAGAAGCUAAUAGAACACGAGCUGGAGGGCUUUGGAAUCCGACUUAACAAACAACCACCCAACAUCGGAUUCAAGAAGAAGGACAAAGGAGGCAUUAACUUUACCACCACAUGUCCACAAACUGAGCUCGAUUCUGAAACAGUUAAGAGCAUCCUGGCCGAAUACAAGAUCCAUAACGCGGAUAUCACUCUGCGUGCCGACUGCACCGCUGAUGACCUCAUCGAUGUGGUGGAGGGAAAUCGGGUCUACAUCCCGUGCAUUUAUGUCUUAAAUAAAAUUGACCAGAUCUCAAUUGAAGAGCUGGAUGUCAUUUACAAGGUCCCACACUGUGUCCCCAUCUCAGCCCACCACCGCUGGAAUUUUGAUGACCUGUUGGAGAAGAUGUGGGAUUACCUUAAGCUUGUGCGCAUCUACACCAAACCCAAAGGACAACUUCCCGAUUACACAUCUCCCGUCGUGCUCCCUGACGGACGAACCUCCGUUGAGGAUUUCUGCUUAAAGAUUCACAAAAACCUCAUCAAAGAGUUGAAGUAUGCACUUGUGUGGGGCGCCUCAGUGAAACACAACCCUCAAAAGGUGGGCAAGGACCACGUGAUGGAGGACGAAGACGUUAUUCAGCUGGUCAAAAAGUGAAAAGGGAUCUGAAGUCUCUGCAUGGCCUCUGCAUCACCUCGUCUUAAUGGCUUCACAGUGCAUCACCGACGUGUCCGUCAGGACACUUGUGUCGAUCCACAUUGUUUGGCUGAAUUUGAAAAAAAAGUAUUCUAUCAAAAAGCAAAUCUACAUUUCUUAACCAUAUGCAUAGUUCAUAUUGAAUAUUGGUUAAAACUGUAUAAAAACAAAUCCCAACAAUAAAAACAUAUUUGAUCAUUUA